AUGAAUGAGGAGUUAAAGAAAAUAAAUUAUAAUGAAUACAAAAGAAGACUAAAAAAAUUAUCAGAAGAAUUAACAAAAGAAAGAAAAAAAAAAACAAUUCAUAAGGAUAAACAAAAUGAAAAUAUAUUAAAACUAGAAGAGGAACUAAAAAAAUUGAAUGAAUUAUACAAUGGAAAAAAUAAUGAUAAUAAUACAAUAAUAGAACAAAAUAAUUACAAUGAUAAUAUUAUCCCUGAUAAUUUAUAUUCAUAUAAUGUUGUUUCAAAAAAAUCUUUAAAAAAUAAAGCAAAAAUGAAAAAAAAAGAAAUGGAAGAAGAGUUAAAUGAACAAUCAAGAAGUAAAAUUGGACAAGAAGAAUAUAAUCAAUUAUUAGAUAUUUUAAAAAUUAAAAAUCAAACAAUUUAUUCUAUACCACCAGAUGGUAAUUGUUUAUAUGAAUCUAUUAUACAUCAACUUAAACAAAGAAUUAAAAAUUUCAAAUUUUCGAAAAAUAAUUUUUUACAAAUUAUGAAUCAAGACAAUUUUUCAUUAAAUAUUAUAGAUUUAAAAAACUAUCAACAAAAUAAAAAUAUUUUUGAUUUUUCUAUUUUUGAAAGUUUUGAUCCAAAUCAUUUAACUAGUGACAUACUAAGAUUUCUUACUUCAGUAUAUAUAUUACAAAAUUAUGAUUUAUUUAUUAAUUUUAUUUAUAAAUAUGCAGAACAAGAUAAUAAUGAUCCAUGCUAUAAUUAUUGCCAACAAAUUAUGAAUGGAAUAUAUGGGAGUGAAAUUGAAAUAACAGCUUUGUCAAAUAUUUUGAAGAAAAAAAUUACAGUACAAGAUAUAAAUAUGAGCAUAUCAUAUGGGGAAAAUUAUGACGAAGAAUUAUUUAUAUGUUUCCAUCACAAUUUAUAUACACUGGGCAAGCACUACAACUCUGUUAUAGAUUUAUGA